CAGGGCUUCUAUAUUAGUUGGUUUACCUGUUUGGAGAAGAGUUCAAGAUGAAUGUGAUUAUAGCGUUGUUGCUUUUUCUCGACAUUUUCUCCACGGUUCCUGUGAGCAAUGGUGAAUUGGGGAACAACGACUACUUGAUUGUUAUUCCAAGAGUUUUUCGUGCGGGAACGAAAAUGAACAUCGGAGUUAAUAUUUUUGGCAAUAAAGGGUGUGAUGUUGAAGUCAGAGUGUACGAUGGGACAAAAAAUGUCCUAAUAAGCCAAGCCAGAGAUCGAUUUCAACCAAAUGAAGCCGGCACUCUGGAACUUCCGGCGCUCGAGAAGGCGUCGUCGACUCUUAAAAUGGAAAGCACGGUGUGUGGAGUGAGAACUAAAAAAAAAUCGGUGAAAUUCGUAACUUUUGAAAAUAAAGUUUUUAUUCAAACUGACAAACCGAUUUACAAACCUGGACAAAAAGUCUUGAUUCGAAUCAUUAGUGUUGAUCCUAAGUUGAAGCCUGCAGGAAAAAAGAUUUCUUCAGUGAUUAUAGAGGAACCCAAUGGUGCGAAGAUAAUGCAAUGGAAAGAUGUUUUGAUGCAAGAUGGUUUUGCAAACUUGCAGCUUCAAUUGUCCGAAGAACCUGUUCUCGGAAAAUGGCUCAUAAAAGCAAUAUUUGAGGAAAGAACAAUCACGAAAGAAAUUGAAAUUGAUCAGUACGUUCUUCCGAAAUUUGAACUCGAAAUAAAACCACCGUCGUAUCUAGCACUGGACCAGCGUAGGAUUCUGUUUUUAAUAUGUGCCAGGUACAUGUAUGGAAAGCCAGUACCUGGACGCCUGAAUGCAACAUUAUGUCUGAAAAAAUAUGAAAGGAAUCAAAAUUGUUUACGAGAAUAUAACAAUGUAACAGGAUGCGUGGAAAUAGAUGCCAGAGAACUUAUUGAUUCAGCGACAGAGCAGCAAUACAACAGAAGAUAUUAUCUUCAUAUUGCAGCUGUGUUUACUGAGAGUGGUACUGGAGUGAAAGUGAAGGAGACUGCACGAAGCCCUUUUAUGAUUAGAAAAUCGAAAACGAUGUCAUUUAUUGAUAUUGCUGAAAAGUUUAAACCCGGAUUUCCCAUGACAUUCAAGGUGAAAGUCUCUUAUCGGGAUGGGCAACCGGUAACAAGUGCACAGUUAGAAGUCGAGGUCAUAGUUAGACAUUUUCAUCGUGACACAUCCACCAGAUUAUUGCAGAAAACAUAUACUGUCGACAAUGGUACAAUAGAGAUUACCCUAGAAAAUGUUUCGCAUUUUGCCAAGAGACUCGAUUUUAUGGCCGACUACAUGUCUGGAGAAUUAUUGAUAGAGAAGACUUCCAAAGCAUGGUAUUCACCAAGUCUGACGUAUCUGAAAUUGGUGUUGCCUCAUCGUCUGCCACCAAAGGUUGGAAGCGAAGGGUCUAUCAAAGUUAUGUACACAGUUCCAUAUAACAUACGAGAAAGGAUCCCCUUUUUCUAUAAGAUUCUGUGCAAAGGAAAUCUAGCUCGGUCAGAUGUGAUCUGGGUGACUACGAAUUGGGAAAAUAAAAAUCGUACUUUAAUCAGAAAUCAAAACAACUUUUCCUACAACGGACAAACCAUAAGGGGAAUGACAAUGAAUGAAUUUGAGAUUAAAUUUGAUGUCACCCAAGAAAUGGUUCCCGAAUGUAGAAUCUUAGUCUACUAUGUCCGGAGGGAUAAAGAAACUGUGGGAGAUAGCAUCUUUUUUGACGUUGAAGACACAUUGGAAAAUCAGCAAGAGAAAAGGCCUGGCGAUAUGACAAUAAUCGUUAUAAAAGCAAAGCCUGGAUCACGAAUAGCCAUUUCUGCGCUAGAUAAAAGUGUUUUUCUUUUGGGAGAAACUGAUGAAAUAACGAAAAAAGAUGCAACGGAAAUUCUUAGAAGACAAGGAGCUGGUCGAAUGAGCGCUAGGGAUUUCUCAAAUUGCAAGGGGUCGUUGAGGAUGCCUCUUGAAACUGAUGUGUCCGAAACCUUUAACAAUGCUGGUGUUGUAUUUUUCUCGAGUUUGAGGAUUUUCACUCAAUCGUGUCGUCCACCACUACCAACUUCAGCACCGUCUUAUGACUAUUUGAGGCCAUAUGGCUGUUUUCUUGGAUUCAGAGGGAAUUAUGGCGAGGCAAUCGAAUUACCUUUGCCGACUGAUGUCGUUCCAGGAUCAGUACUACCAAAAAUAUCGAUUUUUGGUGACAUAAUGGGCCCGGCUCUGGCAAAUUUUGAUGGGUUGUUGAGCAUGCCAGGUGGUUGCGGGGAACAAAACUUGGCUAAAUUUGCGCCGAACAUUUAUAUUUUGGAUUACCUUACGGCAACAAAUCAAAUAACAAAGAAGACUAAAGAGGACGCGCUAAGAUAUAUAACCACGGGAUACCAGAAGGAAUUAAGAUACAGACGAGGAGAAGGUGAAUACAGUGCAUUUGGAUCCAGAGACAGGAAAGGAAGUGGGAUGAUAACGGCAUUCCUAAUUCGUUUAUAUGCACGAGCGCGGAGGCAUGUGUUCGUUGACGAAGAUGAAAUCAAACAAAGCGUUGGAUGGUUGAAGCAAAAGCAAAAAUCGUCGGGUUGUUUCCCAGUGAAUGGUCAGGUUUUUGAUCGAUCACUUCAGGGUGGGGUGCAUCGUGAACUUAUCAUAACAGCCUACACCACAAUCGCCUUAUUGGAAGCUGGCUUUAAAAACACGACGAUGGUAUCAAACGCUCUGGAUUGUAUUCUGGGAAAACUUGAUGAUACUAUUCUAAACGCCUACGCUACUUCCUUAGCGACAUACACAUUGAUAUUGGCAGAUCAUCCUAAAGGAGGAAUAAUGUUGUCUCGUUUGAAAAACAUGGCAAUCAGUUUGAAAGGCGGACAACUCUACUGGUCAGCAAAAAGCACAGGUUCUGGUGCCUCUGAUAGAGGUACAUUCAGUUCAGUUGCCGCUGACGUAGAAACCACUGGAUAUGCUUUAUUGUCCUACCUCCACCACAAAGAACACAGUGAAGACGUAACCAAGAUUGUUAAGUGGUUAUCAAAGCAACGCAAUCAUCGGGGUGGAUUUUCUUCCACACAAGAUACUUGUGUAGCACUUCAGGCUCUCUCUGAAGUUGCUGAAAUAUAUUAUUGGGGAACACGCAGAUGA